UAGGAUUUUUGGUGCAAGCGGGGACAAUGAGAAGGUUCUUAAGACCUGGACAUGAUCCAGUAAGAGAGAGGCUCAAGCGCGAACUCUUCCAGUUUAACAAGUGAGCGCCAGGUCCAGUAAGGCUUCACCUCGGGUUGGUCCAUCUACUACCUGGGCCAGGAAGAUGUCCUUGACAGACUUCAGGAAUCUCCUGGACUGUCUGCCUCCCGCCGAGCCGCUAUCCCAGCAAAUAUCCGGGUGGUUGAAAUCCCCCAUCAGGAUGAGUGCAACACCUCCUGCAGCUGAAGCAAGAAGGCCUCAUCAACAGGCUCUUCCUGAUCAGACUGUUGAACAUGGAUUUCCCCAUCAACCCAGCGCAUUGGGCUAUAGUCCAUUUCUCCACCUUAUGGCCAUUGGAACGCGGUCAGGAGCCAUCAAACUAUAUGGUGCUCCUGGGGUGGAAUUCGUGGGUUUACAUGAAGAAAACAAUACUGUAAUGCAGAUUCACUUUAUACCUGACCAGUGCCAGCUGGUGACAUUACUAGAUGAUAACAGCUUGCACCUCUGGAGCCUGAAGCAGCGCAGUGGAGCAUCUGAGCUGUGGGAAGAUCAUCGCUUCACACUGAAAGGGCCACCUGGCUCUCCGCCAAGUGCCACGCAGAUAACAGCUGUCCUUCCCCACUCCUCACGGGAAGUCCUUUACCUUGGCACGGAGAGUGGCAACAUCUUCGUGGUGGAACUGCCAUCCUUUGGAGUCCUGGAGGACAGGACCAUAACCUCUGAGGCUGUGCUGCAGUGGAUACCUGAAGAUUACUGUAACAGACGAUCAUGUGAAUUGGUAGAAGCCCUUCAGGAGCAUCCUAAAAACCCUGACCAGAUCCUGAUUGGGUACAGCAGAGGCUUGAUUGUUCUCUGGGACCGGCGGGAUAACAAAGUGACACACCAUUUCCUGGGCAGCCAGCAACUGGAGAACCUUUCCUGGCAGAGGGAUGGCAGUAAAUUCAUUAGUUGUCAUUAUGAUGGAAGUUACACCCAGUGGCCAGUAUCUAAUGACGACAGGCAGUCUCUGCCUCUGGAAAACCUUGUGCCUUAUGGUCCUUUUCCAUGCAAGGCCAUCUCUAAGAUCUACUGGCAGACAACAAGGAAUGGGCUUCCUUACAUUAUAUUCCAAGGGGGGAUGCCCCGGGCUAGUUAUGGUGACCGGCACAGUAUCUCUGUUAUUCAUGGCAGCCAGCAAAUAGCCUUUGACUUCACAUCGCGAGUGAUAGACUUCUUUAUCAUCUUCAGUUCAGAGCCUACUGCAGAGUUUGAUGACCCUUCUGCUAUGGUGGUGCUGGCAGAAGAAGAGCUGAUAGUUAUAGACUUAAAAUCUGCAGGCUGGCCAGCAGUCCAUCCUCCAUACUUGGCUUCUCUCCACUGCUCAGCCAUCACUUGCUCACACCAUGUCUCCAACAUCCCACUGAAACUCUGGGAGAGGAUUAUUAGUGCUGGGAGCAAGCAGAAUGUUCACUACUCAAAUAUGCCAUGGCCAAUUGAUGGUGGCACCAACAUAGCUCCUGAUCCUCCUCAGAGGGACUUGCUUCUAACAGGACAUGAAGAUGGCACUGUGCGGUUUUGGGAUGCAUCUGGUGUCUGCUUACAUCUCCUUUAUAAGCUAAGCACAGUAAGAGUAUUUCUCACAGAUGCUGAUCCCAAUGAUAACAUGAACACAAUGGGUGAGGAUGAAUGGCCUCCUCUUCGCAAGGUUGGUACCUUUGACCCUUAUAGCGAUGAUCCUAGACUUGGGAUCCAGAAGAUCUACCUGUGUAAAUACAGUGGAUACUUGGCUGUAGCUGGUACAGCAGGGCAGGUACUGGUAAUGGAACUGAAUGAUGAAGGUGCAGAACAUGUUGUUGAUCAUGUUGAAGCAGAUCUGCUGCAGGACCAAGAGGGCUAUCGAUGGAAAGGUCAUGAGCAACUGAAGACUCGAGAUGGACCUGUUCGAUUUGAAGCUGGUUUUCAGCCAUUUGUCCUUGUCCAGUGUCAACCACCAGCUGUCGUCACCUCAUUGGCCCUUCACUCUGAAUGGAAGCUUGUGGCCUUUGGUACUAGUCAUGGCUUUGGACUUUUUGAUCACCAGCAGAGACGACUGGUUUUUGUCAAAUGUACACUUCAUCCCAGUGAUCAGUUGGCUUUAGAAGGCCCACUGUCUCGAGUGAAGUCCUUGAAAAAGUCCCUCCGUCAGUCAUUCAGGCGGAUUAGAAGAAGCCGAGUGUCCAGUAGGAAGCGACGAGGAGUUGGUGGAAAUACCUCAGAGACACACGAAGCAAAUGGCAAAUUUGAUCAGGGCAUGUUACAGGAAAUGGAACUGGCCCCAGUCCAACGGAAGAUUGAAGCCCGAUCUGCAGAAGACUCUUUCACUGGCUUUGUGCGCACCUUAUAUUUUGCUGAUACCUUCUUGAGAGACAGCUCCCGCCACUGCCCAUCCUUGUGGGCAGGCACCAAUGGAGGUACAGUCUAUGCCUUCUGUUUGCGUGUUCCACCAGCAGAGAGAAGGAUGGAUGAACCUGUCAGGGCAGAGCAGGCCAAAGAAAUUCAGCUGAUGCACAGGGCACCUGUUGUGAGUAUACUUGUCUUGGAUGGGCGCAACAUACCUCUCCCAGAACCUCUGGAAGUAGCACAUGACCUUUCUAAGAGCCCUGAUAUGCAAGGCAGCCAUCAACUACUGGUGGUAUCCGAAGAGCAAUUUAAGGUCUUUACACUGCCCAAGGUUAGCUCAAAACUGAAGCUCAAACUGACAGCACUGGAAGGCUGUAGAGUAAGAAAAGUGAUGGUUGCUAACUUUGGCAGCUGCAAGACUGAUGAUUACAGUGAAAAUGACCUGACUGUCCUGACUAACCUGGGAGACAUUCAGAUCGUCUCACUGCCCUUCCUGAAGUUACAGAUUCGCUACCCUUGCAUUCGUAAAGAGGAUGUGAGUGGCAUUGCAUCCUGCGUUUUCACUAAAUAUGGCCAAGGCUUCUAUCUCAUCUCACCAUCAGAGUUUGAGAGGUUUUCCCUUUCUACCAAAUGGUUAGUGGAGCCCCGGUGUGUUGUGGAUGUGCCAGAAGUUUCAAGCAACAAUCACGCGCACAGUAGGUCUGUCAUGGAGAAUGCUUCAAGAAAAUCCAGGUGUUCAGGAAGAAGUUCAGGUGACUAUGGAGAAGAUGAAAGGAAUUCUGGAAGGCUGAUGGAUCAUGCCUUACUCAAUGAUGAAAAAGUCCUGAAGGAGAUCCAGAGUACUCUGGAGGGGGGAAGAGGGAGAGAUCACAUUCCCACAUCCCAAAGGAACAGGACUCUGACUAUUCGCAUACAGGAGCUUUGCAGAAAGAAAUUUGGCAAGAAGUCCAGUAGGACACAGACUAAGUAAUGGAGGAGCAGACUGACCAGAAUUCAUCAAGGACUUUUCUGGGAUUGGAUUGCGUGCCAUAAUACUACUGAUUGGGCAAACCGUCCCUGGGGAGAGCACAGCAGUGUUCCCUGUAUCACAGGCUACUGAGUUGCAACUUUCAUGCAUAUGCAUGUCUGCCCUGGCCUCCCCUUUUAGUGCCUCAUUAGACAUCUCUUGGAGCCUGCCUUACAUUAGGACAGAAGUGGAUUGCCAGGUCUAAUGCACCACAAGCUUCUGAGUACAUCUAACUUUAAAUGUUUGCACAUUUCUCUUUUCUACUGGGCUGGGUUUUAAAUUAUGAAUACUACUGCGUUGGUGCAGGAUUUUAAUAAAUGCGCACUGUUACCUCCAACUGGUAUAAAAUUAUUUUUUGUACCAUUUUUUAAAAUCAUAUGGGUAUUUCAGCCUUAAUGAACAUUUUAUAAAUUUACCUAACAAAAAGACAAAACAUGAAAUAAUAUAUGCUAGAUUCCUGUGACUGUUAUGUGGUAUCUGAAUGAGUAACUUUGGUAUUUGUUUGCUGUGGUACUGCUAACUGGCUUCAUGGAUUUUAGUAGAAUCUAUUUUUGUAGCCAUUCAAAUCAAAGGAAAACUAAUUGAACCUGAUUUUUUUUUUUUUUUUUUUUUUUUUCAAC